ACAAAGCAGUGUAAUAAGGUCACUUUGGCAUAAUGAACUGUCUACGUGUGUUAGUAUUAGCCCUCGUCCUGAUUGCUGGGUACGAUGCAUUGUUGUUUCCGUUAAACAAUGGACAAGAGCCGGAGCCGGAGCUUUUGUUCGUGUGUCCCGCCCCAAGUGCCCCACAGUUUGGUACCCUAAAGUGUAACUAUGACCUCUUCUCGCUGCACUGCACAUCAGAGUGUGAUGCUGGUUACCUGUUUGAGGACGGCUCCCAUCAAUUUACCGGCAUUUGUGACCUCUUUGUGGGCAAGGCCAUACCGAAUACACCCAAUUGUGUGAAAAUCAUUCCACAGACCAGCCUCUCACAGACCACUGUCGCCACCAGUUCCGCAAUCGUCUCGUCUGCCACUGCCGACUGUGUACGCACACUAACGGACUGCUUCGGAAGGCGUCCUGGUGACUACGCCUAUUGCGACAACUGCCGGAUGUUUGCCACGUGCGCCGGAAGUGGGUUUUACGUACGGAACUGUCCGGAAAUUGCCGUCUUUGACCCGACCGUUGACAAAUGCCUGGACUAUAGCCCAAACGCUUGUAAAGCAUAAACGUGUUGUAGUUCUUGGAGUGUUUCAUGUCAAAUAGUUUCAAAUUGAUACGUAAAACUCGAAUAUAAAAUGAAGGAGAAAACAUA